CCGCCGUUCAAACCCAAAACAACAGAUCUCUAACACCCCCCUUCCCCCGCCCCCCGCCCCCCGAGAAAUGACAACCCGCUUCAAGAAGAACCGGAAGAAGAGAGGGCACGUCAGUGCUGGGCAUGGACGCAUCGGCAAGCACAGGAAGCACCCAGGAGGUCGUGGUAAUGCUGGAGGUAUGCACCACCACCGGAUUCUCUUCGACAAGUACCAUCCCGGUUACUUUGGUAAAGUCGGUAUGCGUUACUUCCACAAGCUCCGCAACAAGUUCUACUGUCCGAUCGUGAACAUCGACAAGCUAUGGUCCAUGGUCCCACAGGAUGUUAAAGACAAGGCAACCAAGGAUACUGUGCCGAUGAUCGAUGUAACUCAGUUCGGUUACUUCAAGGUUCUUGGGAAGGGGGUUUUACCUGAGAAGCAACCGAUUGUUGUCAAGGCCAAGCUUAUUUCGAAGAUUGCUGAGAAGAAAAUUAAAGAGGCUGGUGGAGCUGUUGUGCUUACUGCCUAAGUUAGGAUUUUUAAGAUUUUGAAUUGUCUUAUUUUCCCUUAAAAAUUCAAGCGAUUAGGGAUACCGUUGAACCACCUAUUUGGAUUUUGCUUAUCACAUGGUUUUGUCGCUUGCAUUGCUUCAUGCCCUUUUGUUAUUUGAAUUGAUUGCUUGAUGUUGCUCUUAUUUGACUAGUUGAAUAUGAUUAUUAGUCAUCUUGCAA